AUGUUCUCGUCAUCUCGUAUCGCCGAGGCGAGCCCGCGCAAAAAGCACCUCGCACAGCACGGCAGCGGCGGCAAGCUCAAGUCGCAUACCGGCACCAAGAAGCGCUGGACGCCCCUCGGCAGCGGCAGCGGCAAAGCGUACCAGCUCGAUUUCAAGCGAGGACUGGCAGGAAAGCGACACUUGAACUCGCACAUGUCCAGAGACCGUCUCAACGGACUCGGCGGUACCGUCCUCAGCCCGCGAGGCAGGAUCAACAGGACGCUUAGGAGGUUGCUAGGCCCCAGCCUCUGA